AUGACGUGGAUCAGUAUUUUGUACAUUCCAAUUAUAAUCAUGUUUUUCUAUUGGAAUAAUUUAUUAUGGUGUUAUGUUUUUGGUGUAUUAACCGUAUCUUCUUUCUUCUUGGGAUGUUUAAUUGUUAUGUUCAUAAACAUCGCACUUUCUCCGAAACAUCAAACUGGAGCAACCACUAUAAAAACAAUUGCAGAAAUGGAUGCUUUUCAUAAUUUGUUAAUGAAAGGAUAUGUAGUUAAAGCUACAAAUUCUAAGAAGCAUAUUAGAUAUCCAUUAGUUUUUACUCGUAUGGUGGAUGGUGCUUUGCAGAAUUUAUUAGACUUAGUUUUUCAGGACUUUGUUGGUCUAUGGCUAGAUGAAUUAGCUUUUAAUUCUGAACAUAUACUAGACAAUAUGAAACAAGAUAUAUGGGGAGCCAUUCAAACUCUUCAUGAUCGUUUGUCAAACGUAGAUCAUACAAAACUAGUUGUUUGUAACAUAGUCAAUAAGAUUACAUUUCAUUUUGAGAAAAUUAGAAUUGCUCAAACUGCAUCGAUGCAAGGUGAAGAUCCAGUAUUUAUUUUAUCUACACAUUUAAUGUCACCCACAGCUGAAUUAGACUACUUAAAAAAAGUCAGUGAAUUAUAUAUUUUAUUUUUGUUACCACCUUGUUAUUCCCUUGCACCAAUAAAAUAUUUAUUGAGAGAAAUUCUUGCAUGUAAAAUACUAAAACCAGUAAUAGAUUUAAUUACAAACCCAGACUAUAUUAACCAAAAGAUUUUGUCAUAUAUUGAUCAGCAACAGCUUGCAGAAGCAAUGCAUAGAAAAACGUAUGAAUAUGCUAAAUCAUUUGAGGAUUUUAUUCGUAUGAUUAAAAGCUCCAAAGAUUUAGAAGUUUUGAAACAUAUCAGAUAUAAUAUCGUAACUGAAAUUAUGCAAGCUACAACUGUACAAAAUGUUAAAAGAGCCCAAGGCUUAGAUUCGGAUAAUAAUGCAUUUGGAAAGUCUGAUGCCAUUCAGGCACGAAAAUUAAAAAGAUAUAUCAGUCAACUAACAUAUGCUAAAAACACAUGUGAAUGUCAUAUGCAAUCAUUAGGAUGGAAUGGAUAUCCUGUUCAGGCUAGUGAUGUAAUUGAUGCAGCAAUGAUUACAGAAGAAAGAAUUUUACCAUUGCAAUAUAUUUUAGAUAGUGUAAUAGGUAGACGAUACCUAUCUCAAUUUCUUGAACAAGUUGCUAGUCAAGAUUUAAUUGGGUAUUGGGCAGCGGUACAAGAGUUACGUAGUGCUGAUAAGUCUAAUUGGCAUCAAUUAGGGGCUGAAAUAUUUUAUACUUAUAUUACAUCUUCAACUGCCGAAAUAAAAGUUGAUAGAACUAUUCGUAAAAAAAUGGAAAGUUUUUUACUAGGUGAUAUAGGACCUAAUGUAUUUUAUGAAGUUCAAGAUAAUGUUGUUAAAACUUUGGAAGAAAAGUAUUAUCCUUCAUUUGUAGUUAGUGAACAAUACAAAAAUAUGCAAGAAGCAUUGCUUAAUGAAAGAACAGAUGAUCUAGCUGAGGAUCGACGUAUGGGAAAUGGAACAUUAUCGGAAAAUAUGUCUUUACUGGUUGGAGAACAUUCGAACUAUGCUCGUAGCAAAUUGGACCAAUUACAAGAAAAAUUAAAUAAUAAAAUGCAAGCUUUACAAGCACUAAAAUCGUCAUUGAAACCAGAGAGUAAGGUUUUAAAUUUUUUAGCUAAAGAAGUUGAAUGGUUACAAAGCGAGAAAAAGCAAUUAGAAGCACAUUUAACUCAUACGGAAAUGUGGGCAGAACAUUUGGGUCAUUGGAGAGCAGAAGUACAAAGUGCAGAAAUACCAAGUAAUGGAGAGCCACCACAAUUUGUUUUGGUUGUCCAUAUGGCAGAAGGUGAAGAUAACAGUGAAAGCAUAUAUAGUGGUUGGGUUGUACUGAGAAGGUUACAAGAUUUUCAGGAUCUUCAUAGAAAACUUCGUCAACUAUGUUCUAAUGUAAAAAAUUUAGAUUUACCAUCACAACCUUUAAAAUUUUUUGGAAAAUCUGAUAAAAAUACUUUGGACAAAGCUAAAUUACAAAUACAAAAAUAUUUAAAUUUUGUUUUAGAAGAUGAAAAAUUAAACCAAAGCGAGGCUUUAUAUACAUUUCUUAGUCCUAGUUCAGAACAUCUAAAAUAUGCUCCUCCUUCUAAAAAAUCUCGAUUUUCUUUAUCAACAUUAUUCAAAACAUCUAAUAAUAAUAAUGAGCUUCGUGAUAAGGAAGAAGAAGAAGAUUACUCAUUGUUAUUAGAUGAUACUGAUAGUAAUCGAUUAGCUACUGAUGGAUGUCUAAAUAUCAAUAAAGAUACAAUAGCUGAACCUCUUUAUACGCUUUUAAGUGAAAUUUUUGAUCUGCGAGGAGUAUUUCGAUGGCUUCAACGAUCAUUAAUUACGUUUGUUCAAAUUACCUAUGGUCGAACUAUAAACAGGCAAAUCAGAGAUACUAUUGCAUGGGUGUUCUCAGAACCGAUACUUCAUUAUUACAUACAAUUAUUUACAAAAUCAUGGUGGCCAAAUGGUCACUUAAUUUUUGAAACAGUAUCUCGUACAGACGAAGAAAAAUUAAAAACUCGAGGUGAAGCACGAAGACAAUUUUUAAAUAAUAUACCUGACGUGUUAACAAAUUUAGUAGGAACGCAAAGUGCUCAACGCGGUGCAAUUAAAAUUUUUGACUCCUUACAGAACGUGAAUUUAAAUAAACAGCUGUUUUAUGAUGUCUUUGAAGUUGUAAUGUAUGAAAUAUUUCCAGAAUUUAAACGAAUACAGUAAAUUUUGAAACAUAAGUUU